GCCCUGACACUCCUACCCGAGACACCGCAUAUAUCUAGGGAGUGCAUUGGGUCCACACUAGUCUGUUGAGACUAACGACUGUGCGUAUCAGACAUGGCGUCCAACAUGUUUUUGUACUGGGGGUCUGGGAGCAUUCCCUGUUGGAAACCCAUGUUGGUUCUGGAAGAAAAGGGACUCUCGGGCUACAAGAAUAAGAGGAUUUCCUUCAGCGACAAGGAGCACAAGUCGGAGGAGAUAACAAAACUCAACCCACGCGGGCAGGUGCCAACCUUCAAAGAUGGCGACGUUGUUGUGAACGAGUCAAACGCCAUCUGCUUCUAUCUUGAGAAUAAAUUUCCAGACAAAGGGACGAAACUUCUUACUGACGACAAAGCCGAAUUUGGCCGAAUUGUACAGAGAUGUGCUGAGACAGCAAACGUGCACAACACCGUCAACGUAAACCUCGCCCAGUACAGAUUAAGGACCCCUAAAGAAAAACUUGAUGAGGAGCUGUUACAGACGAAGUACGAGGCUGUCCGAGAGGAGUUGAAAUUAUGGGAGGGCUACCUCGCGGCUAGCGGAGGCUACGUCGUCGGCAGCAACUUCACCAUGGCUGAUGUCUACUUCUUUCCGUUUGUCGCCUUCGGGGUGAGACUCGGCCUUGACCUCUCUAAAUAUCCCGCCACUGCUGCCUACUACGACAAGGUCAAGGACAGGCCAUCCGUGAAAGCAACAUGGCCGCCACACUGGGCUGAUGGUCCCGGUGACACUUCAAUCUUUGGACCUGUUUAGGAACUGUCGUUGAGAAUGGCGACAAAAGGCUGUAGCUUCUCGGCAUAUUAUCCAAUGCUUUUAACCCAACAGCUUUAGUUUUGCUUUAGUCAAAGUCAUAUUAGCCAGACAUUUCGCGAGAUGUUUUAUAAGAUCCAGCUAUGAACUGCUUUGGUUUCUUUACGUUGCAAUCAACUCUUAUCUAAAGUCACGGUAACACACGAACUUUUUCUGAUUUGGUACACGGUUGGAUCUGUGGAAUAAAGAUAUUCUUUAAGCAGAGCUGUGUCUUGGUUCAUUACCACGAUUCGCCCCAGCUACGAACCUUGGUCCGCCAUGCCGUAUCCGUGCUCGCAGUAAUGUCUGCUAUACUACAUGCAGUACCACCGAUAUAAAUAAAUAACAAUUUUAAUGAUCGAGGCGGCUUUAGGUUUUUAUCAAAAUUCACACUCACUUUGUACCGAACCAAAGAACGACAACCGUGGCAGCAACGUUUUUCUAAUCCGAAAACACUCAUAAGCCUGAGAUCUUACUGGCCACGUUUUCCACUAUACUUACAAGGGGCGUAGCUACCAUUAUACAAGAAAGCCCGGGCUUACACAUGAUUGUUGCUGAAAAGGUUGGGCAAGCCCUCGAUACUAUCUACAUAUAAACUUUGCAAACUAUCGGGCUUGCUACGCGCCUGCUUACACAUAUAUCAGAAUAUUUUACAGAUAGCCUUGUACCUAUUCGUUGUACCUUCAGUGAUACAAUAAAAUAAUGUGUUCCUU